UGUGACGUGGAGAAUGAUAAUCUAGUCCCCAAAUCUUAAAUGCAUCUCAUUAAUAACUGAACAUCUGAGAAAUGAUUGAGAACCAGUUAAUACAUCAUGGAGUCUUACACACGACACGGGGAACGCCUCGGGAGCAUUUUUCUGGGUUUUUUGUUUAUAGCUUUGGAAGUGAUUUCCGAUGUGGGUGCUAGUGGAACAGCGCUGAUAUUCGAAUUGCCUGACAAGGAACAAUAUUGCUUUUCUGAGGAUUUCAGUGGUAACACUGUGGGAAAACGGUUCAGAUUUCAAUAUAAAGUUAUAAGAGGGGGAAAUCAUGAUGUAGACGCCAAAGUUGUCUCCCCUAACGGAUUAGUUCUGUUCAAAGAAUCCAGGAAACAGGAUGGCGAGUUCGUCUUUGACUCAUCCAGAGGAGAAUUUAGAUUUUGUUUUGGAAAUGAGUUUUCAACUUUUACUCAUAAGGUUGUGUACUUUGAGUUGCGUAACACUGAACUUCCGAACCUUGCGGUGGAAGCAGGAGACAAGGUUCCCACUGCGAAAACCUCAUCUGAAGCGUCUUGUGACGUCAUUCACGAGCGAAUGUCGUCUGUUGUCAACCACCAACGAAAUUAUCGUUUAAAAGAGGCAAUGGGGCGACACCUAGCGGACAGUAUGAACAAAGGUGUAACUUGGUGGUCAGUGGGACAAACUCUAGUCAUUUUGCUUGCUGGGGUUGGGCAAGUUCUUUUACUCAAGACUUUCUUCUCGGAAAAAUCGCCAAUAAAACAGGACGCUUAACUUCAUACGGUCUGAUUGCUUAGUGUCUACUUAGAGUGAUCUCAAAUGCAUUAAAAACGACAAUGUCCGUUACUUAACAAAUUCAGGAAAUGAUAUUGAAAUAUGUGGUUUUGGUGUUUACGGAACAGUGUAGUGUCACGUAAUAUCCAAAUAAUUUGUCAGUGCCACACAAUAGCCUAAAGCUGAAAAGUGGUGUACGUGUGCAAAUGUUAUACAUCACAGACCAUGAAUAAAUAUGCAAUGAAUAUG